AUGGAAUAUGAAGAGGAUGAUGAUAUUUCCUUUGCAAAAUGGAUGAGCAGCUUCUGGGGCCACAACUUGAUCGAUGAGAAUGAGAAAGAGGGUAGAGGCCACAAGAAACAUCAGACACAACCCUUCAGUGAACGGAGAGCCUCCCUUCCGGCCAGGCUUUCCUCCCUCCAUACAACACGACUUCAUGCCUCUACCAAAGGCUCAUCUUCAGGGCAUCUCAAGGGCUCCAAGGAAUUUCAAGAAGACCAAGAUGUCAAAUGCCACUGCCACAGGAAGGCAAGCAGGACACCUUCAGCAGACAGCUCAUGCCCAGAGACAAAAGCAAACUCCAUCCAGGAAUUUGCAGAGUCCUUUGAAAAGCAAUUGCAUCUCAAAAGCAAACGCUCAGUUUCUUUGCAACCUGAAGGCAUGAAGGAGAGAGGAGAAAGAGAGAUAUUGCAUUUGAGAAAAAACAAGUCUCACAAGAGAAUGGGAGAGAAAUCAGAGCCAAGGAGAGAGCAGAAAGAAGAUGAAGGUUCAGAAGUUGUACCUGCAAAACACAACAAACAGUUUCCAUCACAAGCAAGCAUUGAGAAAGGAUAUUUGUGCACAGGAAGCUAG